AUGACAGCAAUUAAGUGUUUGAAAGUCCUGGAGACUCUGACUUCUGCUGUCCUGGAGACCCAGACUUCUGCCGUCCCAGAGACUUGGACUUUCGCUGUCCCGGAGAUUUGGACUUCUGCCGUCCCGGAGACUUGGACUUUUGCCAUCCCAGAGACAUGGACUUCUGCUGUCCCGGAGACUUGGACUUCUGCCGUCCCAGAGAUUUGGACUUCUGCCGUCCCGGAGACUUGGACUUUUGCCAUCCCAGAGACAUGGACUUCUGCUGUCCCGGAGACAUGGACUUCUGCCGUCCCAGAGACUUGGACUUCUGCCGUCCCAGAGACUUGGACUUCUGCCGUCCCGGAGACAUGGACUUCUGCUGUCCCGGAGACUUGGACUUCUGCUGUCCCGGAGACAUGGACUUCUGCUGUCCCGGAGACUUGGACUUCUGCUGUCCCGGAGACAUGGACUUCUGCUGUCUUGGAGACUCGGACUUCCGCUGUCCUGGAGACUUGGACUCCUGCUGUCCCGGAGACUCGGACUUCCGCUGUCCCGGAGACUCGGACUCCUGCUGUCCCAGAGACCCAGCUUUUGUCUGUCCUGGACACCCUGUCUUCUGCUGUCCUGGAGACCCAGACUUCUGCUGUCCCGGAGACAUGGACUUCUGCUGUCCCGGAGACUCGGACUUCCGCUGUCUCGGAGAUUCGGACUUCUGCUAUUCCGGAGACUCGGACUCCUGCUGCCCCGGAGUGCUCACCCUGCUCUCCGGAUUCAAACCGAUUUAAAUUAGCAGAUUAG